AUUUUUGGCUCGAUACACUAGGUGGAAGCAGCGAUUUCUAAUCCAAGGUACCUCAACCAAAGAAGAAGCUGAGAGGCGAGCGAUCCUUUCUAACUAACGCCUGUGCUCAUUCCUGGGAGAAAGGAUGCCGCCAUUGGGGCACUUGCACAUGGAACAUGUCCUGCAGGCAGUCAGUGUCUUGGAGGCGGUCAUCCUUCGCAGUUUUGGCCCUGAAGGAGGACAGGUGCUGUUCACACGAGACACAGGACAGGCAAUGUUGAGCCGCAGUGGGACACGCAUUCUCACGGCACUACAUCUGGAGCAUCCGUUGGCCAGGAUGGUGGUGGAGUGUGUCUGGAAGCAUAGCUCUGCAACAGGCGAUGGAUCCAAAACCUUUAUCCUGCUGCUGGCAUCAUUGCUACGGUUGAUUCAUGCAGCAGCCAGCAAGGCGUCUAAUGUGUCUCACUCUUAUAGCUCAACAAAAGCAGCAGAGGCUGCCACUGCCAGACACUUGGCUGACAAACUGCUAGCAUUUGGGUUGAAGGAGUUGGAUGAGCUCAUUGCUACGGGAGUGGUCCCUUAUGGAGGCUGCAUUUCGUGGGAAGAUUUCACUGUAGAAGCACAAACGCCGUCUCUCACAAACAAUCUCUGUGUUCAAAAGCUGCUAAGAUCAUUUUUUCACACACGCUGUGGUUACACGCACUGUGACUUCAGUAGUCACCUAACAUGUGAGCUGCUCAGUCACUGGAAGUUUAAAAAUCAACUACCUUCAUUCUCUCUGCAGCUUGUAAGCAACUACUUCCCUGCCCUCCAUACACCUGUGUCGGGCUUUCCUGUCCGCUCUUCACGUUUAAUCGAGGGGCAGGUAAUCCACAGGGACUUUGCCACGCCACCGCUUAAGACUGACCACCAGCCAGUUAAAGCUGUAGUUCUCACUGGGUCACUGCAACCAACAUUGCUCAGCACAGGAGACGUGCUUGAGUUGGGAUAUGGAGGCAGAAUGAAGGAGGAGAGAAGUAUUUUACACUUUAGCUCCUGGAUGGAAAGCUCACUGCAGGGUGUUAUUGCGAAGCUGCAGACUUUGGGUGUUUGUGUGCUUCUGUCUGCAGUAAAACAGUCUGCUGCUGUCCUGGCUUUAGCCACACAGGCAGAGAUGUGCCUUGUGGAGUGUGUCAGUGAAGAUGAACUUUCUCUGUUUUCCCAGCUAAGUGGAACUACCCCAAUCUGGGACUGUUCGAUGAUUGAAUCAGAGCACGUAGCCACACUGGCUUUUUGCCGGCCGAUACAGCUCGGAGCCCACAGGUAUGUCCAUGUGGCUUUCCAGGACUCAGAAGAAAGAAUCACCAUCAAACCCUGCAGUCUGAUCAUCUGUGCCCCAGGGGAAGGACAGAUUGAACAGUAUGCAUGUGCUUUACAAGAUGCCAUUUGCAUGCUACUUAGAACUUGGGAACCCAUGCAUGCAGCUGCAACCACAACAUCAAAGAGUACCCUGCAGUCGCAUAAAAGCGCAUCUUUACAUACAGACAAUCUGACCGAGCAAACCACAUACAGAUCCACCGCUAUACAGCCCAUUCAAAAGUGUGUGUUAAAGCCAGGCUGUGUUAUAUCUGCUGGUGGGUUAUUUGAGCUUCUCUUACACUAUGCCCUCCUACAACAUGGACAUAGUUGCUCAGUUUCUCCUGACCUAAAUAUAGAUGCUUCUGUUUCCCAGCUCUUGGCAAAUGCCCUACUGAGCGUGCCUCAAAAGAUUUACUCUCACAGUCCGCACCAUUUCCUGGAGUCUCAAAGAAGGGUCAUAAGUUUUGUAAGUAAGUUUCCAAAUUAUUCCCACCCUCUUAGCCUUGUAUAUAAACGAGAAAAUACUAUAAGCCCUAUACAGGCCGAAGGGCCUCUGGGGGAUGGUAAACUAAGCUUGCAUUGUUGUAGAGAGGGUGACAAAUUGUCAAAAGUUUCAGAGUUGGACCUGGGCCUUGAAUCUGUCUCCUGUAAAUACCAGCUACUGCUUGCUGUAUUGCAGUGUGUCGCAAGUCUCCUUAAGGUGGACACUAUCCUGCCUACACACACUGCUUUACACACACAGUCGCGUAGACUCGCCAGGACUUCCUGGGAGGGUACAGAGGACGAAGGGUCACGGGGGAACUGGAGCCUGUCCCAGCUACCAUAACGCAAGAGGCAGGGUACACCCUGAACAGGUCGCCAGUCUGUUGCAGGGCUAACACAUAGAGACAGACAACCAUUCACACUUACAUUCAAACCUAUGGACAGUUUAGAAUGAUCAAUUAACCUAACCCCGCUAACUGCAUGUCUUGACUGCAUGACUGUGGGAGGAAGCCGGAGAAAAUGCAGAGAACCCCUGCAAACACAAGGAGAACAUACAAAAUCCACACAGAAAGGCCCCGGCCAGGUGGUGGCAACUCAGGAACAUCUUAUUGUGAGGCAACCAGUGCUAAUCACCUUGCCACCGUGUAUAUUUUGUUCCAAUGAAAUAUAUUUUUAUUGCAAGUCACAGAUGGUAUUUUCAGUUUUAUGACCAUGUUGUGGUUGGUUGCAGUUUCUGUGGCAGUAAAAUGUUAAAGUGGUCUAUAGCAUCCUGUCCUGAAUCAAGGCAAGGUCUGGCAGUAAAAAAGAAGGCAUAAAACACUGUUGUGAUACGGAAUGUGCAGUUGCUAAAUAUUUUUAUCUGUUGCAAACCUUCCAAGCGAGAAUGUGUUAAUGCCUUUUUUUUCUCAGUAUUAUUCAUAUUCAUAGAUUUUCUCUAAAAUUUCUCCUCCUUUUCUAUUUUCCUGGCCUAUUCCCUUGCUAGUUUGUCCCUUACACAAACAGUUUCAAUACAGAUCACCUCAAAAAAAUACACAGUCCUUUUUUAUAAUCAGUGUUAUCUCCAAAAAACGACUGAGGCAUUUAGAAGGGCAACACCCGGCUGUCAACAACCAAAUCAUAGCAUGCUUCCUUGUGCUGUAAUCAGAGGAACACAAACUCUAUUUACUUCUAUACUCGCCUCUUUUUAGAUGGAAACUGUGAGUCAUUCAGACAUUAACUAGUCAUACUGUUUACCGUAACUACCGUGUCAUUAGUUUUGAAGACAAAAAUUUUCCAUAAAAUAUUUGUAACAGCACAAUUAAGAAACAAAGACACUUCUUGUCUUUGUUUGUGUUCUAAGAGAGUCAGUCAGCUGAUAGCUGCCAAUAUCAAAGAAGGGGAAGCUGAGGGAGUUUUCCCAAUGUUUUUUUUUCUUUUUCCUACUGCGAAAAAGGAAACAAGCUUGAGUGUAGCUGUCAUUGUUGUCAGUCCUAUGGAGACACCUACGCACGUCUAACUCUUGCAGCAUGCUGUAUCGUGAGCAGCUAAAUCUAAAGUGUAAAUAAGGCUCAGUCUAACAGUGAAUCAGUGUGACUCUUAAAUUUUCAUUGUAGUUAUGAAUCUUACCAAGUGACCUAAGAACAGGUGCAGUUAAAUGUUCUCCAACUUGUUUACUAUUACAGUGUAUGGGAAUAAUUGCAGGUCAUAUUAUUUUAUGGUCCACUUUUAUUUCUCUAUUUAAAU